CAGGUGAAACUAAUGCGAGUGAUGAAAGUAAAGAGACCGAAACUGUGGUGAAACAAAACAGGAAGUAGCAUCAAAAUAAAAACCUGACAGGAAGCAACACAGAACCAAAUAAUGACACCUACAUACAAGUUCAAAUGAACGGGUGUUUUCAUUUAGCCAAGGUUCAGACUUAAUUCUGACUCGUUUAUCCUUAAAAGUAGCACACGAGUCAAGGAUGUCAGUGCAUGUAGAGCUAAACCGAGCUAAUAGCUCAUCUACAGUCUCAUGACCAGCAUCCAGUAACAUAUGAGGCUGUAAGUCAUUAUAGGCAGUGGAAAAGAAUUCAGCUGUCUUAGGAGUAAUCAAGCAACAUCGCUAGGUUCAAGCGACAUCGCUAGGUUGGCAUACUAGAACUAGUUAUAGAAUAAGAAAUUGCAGCAUCGAAUAAAAUGGAAAUGAUCAGAAAUCCCCACAUCACAAAUAUCAGUCAUGCAGACAGGGGCACCAAGUCAAGAGUAUGGUCUUGAGCAUGUGUAGGCCCACUUACAAACUGGGUCAAAUUAAAAGACUAACUAAUGUUCAUAAAAUCCUUAACCAUGGGGUCUGUUGGACAGGACACAUGAAUAUUAAUAUCCCCAAAGAUUAAAAUUUUGUCAAAUUUGGGCAUGAUUCCAGUGAGAAAGUCAGAGAAAUCACAAAUAAAAUCCUUAUUAAAUUUAGGGGGGCGAUAAACUAACACACACAAAAUAGGACAGCUCACCUUUAUCACAAACAGCUGCAUUUCAAAGCUGGAAUAAGCAUCCAUUGUAAUUUGCCAACAAUCAAAACAAUUUCUAAAAAUUGUUGCCACACCACCACCUCUCCCAGUAGUCCUCUGAGAGUUAAAGAACGUACAGUCCAGGGGAAGGAGUUCAGAGAAGGUUUCCACUUCACCGGGCCUCAGCCAAGUCUCAGUUAAUAACAUAAAAUCCAGGCCAUGAGCGGAAAAGAAGUCCUUUAGGAUAAAAGUCUUGUUCACUAGCGAUCUAGCGUUAAGAGCCAUCCUCACAGUCGACUGCCUGGUAGGUAGAUGUGACGCCUGAUCCAACGGGCUUAGGUUAGCCUAAGCUACACCCCUCAUCGGCCGUCGUUGGAUCCUUUGCCAGUAAAAAGCCGAUGAGUGGACCGGUACAAUGGGCCGGAGCCAUCUGUAGCAGUCCCUACGAACACUCAAAAUAGAAUGAUGGUCCCGACUUAAAUUAUAUUCACUGUUAAAAACGUGAAGAUCAGGGCCAGGAUAAUACCCCAGGUGGCCCUUAAGACUCACCAACGCCCCUCUCUUUCCCCAUCUAUGGCCCUUCCUCUGUGGAAGGCUACAGGGAGAACGGCAAAGAUAGAGUGGAACAGCUGCUAGAAAUGGAGGAAGGCUCUUUGAUGGCUUUCCCAGCUCGAGAACGAGCAACUUCUCCAUUGAGGCCCUGAUACUAAUAAGGGUAAGGCGAUCAUAUACCAAGGCAGAUAUGAGGCGUUAUGAAAACAGUGUAAAAAACAUAUUAAAACAAACCACAAACACAACAGCCGCAGACGGCCAGCCACAUACACCGGCGCCAUCUUGGUCUACACUGUGUUGCGCAAAAUAGCAUAGAGCAAUAGAGCACAAUAACUUCAGUUUUGUCUGAGUUUAGAACUAAGAAAUUACAAGUCAUCCAGGCCUUUAUGUCUUUAAGACAUGCUUGAAAUUUAUGCCAUGUUUCCUGAUAAUAUUGUCUAACAGGGAGCAUGUAUAAGAGAAUUGGACCCAACACAGAGCCCUCCAGAACACCGUGACUAACUUCAUUCUGCACAUAAGAUUCAUCAUCAACAUGAACAAACUGAAAUCUUUCUGAUAAGUAAGAUUUGAACCAACUUUAAACACUGACAUAUGCUUUCUACAAGAAAACCAUCUAACAAAUCCAUAAUCAUAAAACCUUAAAUGCAAAUGUAAGGCAGUGGAUCGCUACCGUUACAGGGCAACAGUACAACACCACCUCUGUAAAUCUGGCGUGAGUCUUUUUGUAUCCUGACUCAAACACCGUAGUUCCCGUCUGAACUGGGUGUAAUAUGAUAUUGUGGUUCAGACCUGUGUUCUCUGCCUUGUAAGGUAAGCGGUCUGCUGCCACACCGAGCAUUAAUUGAGGAUUUGUGAGUCGAAAUAUAUCCGUUAGGAGAGGAGUUAAGCUGUGAAGUUGUUCGUUUAAAUGCUUUAGGCGCUCUGUUUCUUUGAGUUAUACAGAUGUUCUCGUUUUGUGCUGUAAUCAGGCAUGUUAGCCGUUUAGCUUUUACAGACCGUAGUUGCCGUCUGAACUGGGUGUAAUAUGAUAUUGUGGUUCAGACCUGUGUUCUCCGCCUUGUAAGGUGCUGCACCGCGCCCGCUGUGAAGCUGAAUAAAAGGGGCCUAACCUGAUGCAAGGUCUCAACUGCAAUUACACCAGUCCACGAGUCUGACGCUUGGCUCUCCACACCACGCACUCCCCGCCAUCUUAACACAACGCAGACCAUUAGCGGCGUCUGGAGAGGCGUCAUACACGUGCAGAGCACGCAGGGACCAGGACUUAUUACUUCAGCACAGACAGCCAUGAAGAGCACGAGGAGUGGAUCAGAGCCAUGAGUGAGGCUGCAGAGGUCAACAUUCAACCAGCACAGAGAACUAACUCGGACACGACAGCAGAUCUCAAUCACACUAAGGUGACUAAGGCCUCCGACCCACAACAGCAGCCACACAUGCAAACACAAAAUGAAGCUGAUAGUGACCCUAAGAUGAAUGGGGUCAACAACCUUGAGACGCCCCAUUCUGAUCAGGAGAGAAAAAGGACUGACAGAAGACGAGGAGAGGGUGAAGAUGAAAGGGGAGAACUUGCUUCUAACCAAACCACUGACUUAAAUCACCAUCCAAAUGGUUGGGGCAACUACGGCCCUCCUAACUCCAUGCCCAACAACAACAGUAGCAAACCUCCACCACCCAGAAGUCACAGUGGACAUCGUAACGCUCAGAGACACCCAGAGGGGGGCGUAGGACCAUUGCAUGACCCCAGGGAGCAGCAGGAGAACAUGGUGCUGAGGAGAGGCUUUGUGCCCAGGACAGCUCCAGAGAGAGUGGCCCAGAGGAAGAGCUCCAUGGCCCAGCUGCAGCAGUGGGUCAACCAGCGGCGGGGCAUGGCCUCCCAGGAGGACAUCAAUAGCCCAUCUCGUUACUACCCAGUGAGCCGAGGGGCUGACUACUAUGGCUACCCUGGUGGCCCCCAGUAUGUGGAGGAGUACCCUCUUUAUCCACCAGGGGUCCGACCUGACAGCAUCUGCUCUGUCUCUGCUGUGGGGGGAUAUGACAGACGCUGGACUGUUGAGGAGAAGCGCCGCUCGCUGAGGGAUGGGCCCCAUCAGUUAUACGGACCUCCAAUACCCAGGGAAUCAUGGGGGCCACAGUUCUAUGGUGGCAUGGAAAUAUCUAUGAGGCACCUCUCUAUCCAGCCGCGCUCUAGGUCUGUGCCUAGAUCACCAUCCUUGUCAUCGGGGGGGCCCUACUCACCGGUGCCACCCAACUUUGCUUCACCAGCUCGAUCGCCAUCUGCCCGCAUUGACCGGUUUCCAGGGAGGAUGAGGGAUGACAUAAUCUAUGCUGAUCCAUCAGUCUACAGCCUGAGGAGAUCCCUCAGUUCACCAAAGUAUGACUACCCUGGUGACAGGAGGUCCUUAAGCCAAGGCUUAUACCACCACAACUACCCUCUAUCCCCUUCCAUCCACAGUAAAAUGGAGGAUAUAUUAGACCUUCAACUCCAGCGCAACCUGGAUUUCCUAGACCAACAGGUGCCUCCUUUCCAUGAUGUCUACAGCAGAGACUUACAUCCUACACUGAAACUCAAUGAGAUUGAAACCAGUAAACUCUUGGGUCGACUGUGUGAGCAGAACCGAAUUUUAAAAGACCACGAGGCUGUUGUCCACAGACUGAGAAUGGACAAGGACAGCCUAGAGGAAGCGCUGGUGGCAACUCAUCAGGAGAUGGAGCUGUACCAUAACCAGCAUUUGGCUAUGGAAAAACUGCAGUUUAAAAAGGAAACCCUGCAGAACCAACUGAUCAACAUCAGAGGGGAGCUUUCCCAGGCCUCCAGUGCUUUGACCACCACUCAUAUGGAGUUUGAAGCAUUAGAGGAUGAGGCCCAUGCCAUUCAUGGAGAUCUAUGGGAGCAGCUAAAUUCUGGCGGGCAGAGUGAACUAGUUCGUAGACACAUCCAGAAAGAGUUUUGGAGAGUCCAGGAUGUAUUAGAGGGACUGCACAAGAAUAAUUCAUCCAGAGGUACUGACACAGCCAAGCACAGAGUGGCCAGCGGUGCAUCAGGUUCUUUUAGCACUAAUAGUCCAGCCAGUCCCCUGAGCUCAAUAAGCCUCACCAGCCCACUCAGCCCCUUCUCCCCAGUGGCCGGCUCUCAGGCCUCCCCCACCAAACUGUUGGGCUCAGAGGAAAGUGUUCCCCCAAGGCCUCCCCUCCCUAAGUCUUAUUACCCUUUGGAGCCCUCCCCUACCUUCCCUCCCUCCAUCCCUCCCCUGCCUUUUGACAGCACCACCUGGUUACGCAGCUUGGGCAUCGAUGAUGGUUACCUUGAUGGUGAAGAUUCUCACAUCAGAAAGACCAAGUUUGGAGAACAAAACAAUAUCAGUGAUGCGCAAGACCAGAUCCAGGAGAGACAAUCCACCAUGAAUAAAGUUGGCAUUGUUCCUCCUAGAACCAAGUCCCCCACCGACGAAUCACACAGCAACUAUGCAGGUUCCCGGCAUAAUGGCAGAGUGUCCAAUGGAAUUUCAAGGGGUCGUCCAAAGAGCGCUGUGUUUCCUGCAGAGGUGAAGUCAAAGAUGAGCAUUGAGGAGCAGAAUGAGCGAAUCCGCCGCAACCAGAGCAGCUCUGUGAGGGACAAGAGGCGGAGUCUAAAUCUCUCUAGUGGCCAGUCUCCAGCCAACUACAAAGUGGUACGCAGGCGGCUGACAGCUCACGAGAUUGACAUAAAAGACUUGGAGACAGCAGUUCGAGGACAGGGGCAGGAGUCACCACAGGAAGAAAUUGCUCGCCUGAGGCAGUUACAGGUUGAACCAGAGCUCUACAAGAUCGACAUCAGCAAAGAGCUGAUGGCUCCCGACAAGGUUCUGAUCCCAGAGCGCUAUGUAGAAGUGCAGGAUGACACUCCUCUGAGCCCGGAGGAACAGAAGGAGAAGCAGAAGAAGCUGGAGCGGAUUAAAACUCUCAUUGCCAAAUCAAAUUUGCAGAACAUGGUUCCUCUUUUAGAUGGCCCAGUGGAGGGUGGAGCUCCAGUCAGCUCCCAGCAGCAGCUGCAGGAGCAGGAGAAGCGCAUUGAGAUCUCCUGUGCUCUGGCUGCUGAGGCCUCUCGUCGCAGCCGCAUUCUCUCCGACUCACCCCUGAAAUCUCCAGAACACCAGAGCCUAUGCACCCAACCUGGCCAGGCGGAAGCGUUCGCAGGUGGCAGCGGGAUUGUAAACAAAGGUGUGGAAAGCGUGGAGGAGUUAGAGCUAAGCUAAAGCUAAUACCAGACGAGAUACGGCUUUGCAUCACCAACACACCAUGCGCCCCCAGUCCCCCUACCUCUCCGACCAGCUUGGCCCCUUCCCCUUCCUCUGCUGACUUCCCAACU